AUGCUGCUGCUCAGUCUGACCCUUAGCUUGGUCCUCCUUGGCUCCUCCUGGGGCUGCGGCAUUCCUGCCAUCAAGCCGGUACUGAGCUUCAGCCAGAGGAUUGUCAAUGGAGAGAAUGCAGUGUCGGGCUCCUGGCCCUGGCAGGUGUCUCUGCAGGACAGAAGUGGCUUCCACUUCUGUGGGGGUUCCCUCAUCAGCCAGUCCUGGGUGGUCACUGCUGCCCACUGCAAUGUCAGCCCUGGCCGCCACGUUGUUGUCCUGGGCGAGUACGACCGAUCAUCCAAAGCUGAGCCUUUGCAGGUCCUGUCCAUCUCAAAGGCCAUCACACACCCUUCCUGGAACCCCACCACCCUAAACAAUGACCUGACACUACUGAAGCUUGCCUCCCCUGCCCAGUACACAAAACGCAUCUCACCAGUCUGCCUGGCCUCCCCAGAUGAGGCGCUGCCUGCGGGCCUCAAGUGCGCCACCACUGGCUGGGGACGCCUCAGAGGCGUGGGCAAUACGACCCCAGCACGCUUACAGCAGGUGGCUCUGCCUCUGGUCACCGUGAAUCAGUGCAGGCAGUACUGGGGCUCACGCAUCACUGACUCCAUGAUCUGUGCAGGCGGCGCAGGGGCCUCCUCAUGCCAGGGAGACUCCGGAGGCCCUCUCGUCUGCCAGAAAGGGAACACAUGGGUGCUUAUUGGCAUCGUCUCAUGGGGUACCAGCAAUUGCAACGUGCGCCAGCCUGCCAUAUACACUCGGGUUAGUAAGUUCAGCACCUGGAUCAACCAGGUCACAGCCUACAACUAAGCCUACCACAGGCCCUCUCCCCAUCUCAAUCCAAUAAAGACCCCAUGCUCUGUCC